UAGUCGAUUUUUAAUCCAAGAUGGUGGCCCUGUGUUGGAACAUGUGCUGAAGCUACAGCAAAUUCCAUCGUCUUUUUCUCAGAUUUUCCCGUGAAAAUUCCAAGAUGCAACACGACGACGUGAUCUGGAGUGUCAUCAACAAGGGCUUCUGCUCGUUCAAGGUGAAGACGAAGAGUCAGAAGUUCUGCAGGAAUGAGUACAGUUUGACAGGGUUGUGCAACCGCGGGUCGUGUCCGCUGGCCAACAGUCAGUAUGCAACAGUGAGGGAGGAGAAAGGUGUGUGUUUCCUGUACAUGAAGACUAUAGAGCGAGCGGCGUUCCCAGGCAGACUGUGGGAGAAGGUCAAACUGUCCAGGAACUAUGAGAAGGCUCUACAACAGAUCAGCGACAACCUCAUCUACUGGCCCUACUUCAUCAGGCAAAAAUGUAAGCAGAGGUUCACAAAGAUCACCCAGUACCUGAUCAGGAUGAGGAAGUUGACUCUGAAGCGACAGAAAAAGCUGGUUCCUCUCAGUCGGAAGGUGGAGAAGAGAGAACGGAGGAAGGAACAGAAGGCUCUCGUCGCUGCACAGGUGGAGAACGCCAUCGAAAAAGAGCUGUUGGAAAGACUUAAACAGGGCACCUACGGUGACAUCUACAACAUCUCACAGACUGCCUUUGACAAGGCCCUGGAGGAAGAAGAGGUGUCUUCAGAAAGUGAAGCUGAGGAAGAAAAAGAAGGAGAAGAAGAAGUUGAAGAAGAGAUGGAGGAAGAGAGUGAGGCAGAGGUGGAGUAUGUGGAAGACUUUGAGGAGAGUGACAUCUCAGACAUUGAAGAUGGAGAUGACAAGUUUGCAGAAGACUCCACGGAUGAGGACGAUAAGAAUGAAGCAGAAGAGAAGGGCAGAGGGAAGUGGAGACCAGGACUGAGGAGGAAACGAGGGAAGGUGGAGAUUGAGUAUGAAGAGGAGAGAGAACCUGCAAAAAGACAGGCUGUUAGACUGCAACAGUAGCAGGAAAUAUAGCUGGGAAACAUUUCUGACAAAAUUGGACUUAGCAACAAAAUCUCUGUACAAAUACUUUUUAUUGUGAACAAGAUGAUGCCAUCAUCAUGUGCAAAGAAACAAAUUACUAAUUAAGACAAAGAACACAGUAGCCCUAGUUAUGUUUACCGAAGGAAAACAUAAUUGUAUUCUUAUGUCUUCACAUGUUUUCUGAACAACCUUGUAUCACUAUGAUGUACAAUUUCAAGUGACCUGGUUUCAUUUAGAAGUGAAGUACAUGUGUCAAUUUUGUUUCCUGUGUAUUACUUUGAAUACAGAAGUUAUCGUUCACUGCAUUAAUAAAAUGUACAUGCAUAAGUUGGAAUACUUGAUUUUCAGACUUUCAUUGUCCUACAAUGUGAAACUUCAAUUAUCAUAGAUUUGCUUGCUGUAUAUUUACAUACUUGCAGUAAAUUAAAAGUACAGAUGUUAUCAUUUAUGGCAUUACCAAAAUUUACUACUAAAAAUUCUAAUGUUCUACAAUUUCAUCUCCCAAUGUACAUUGUGUAGGCAAUGAUCACAAAUUAGUACAUGUACAUGCCUUGUGAUAUCCACCUACAUACUUGUCUGUGUGUGGUUGAUUUGCAUACAUAUUCAGCAGCAAUAAACUCUUACCAUGGAUGUCU